UAUAUCCGGGCUUUUCACUCGUGCUAGCUUGGAAGCAUGGAGGUCUGCGGCGAGCGCGCGAGUGCUCCUGGUGUUUCUUCGUCUUCUGUAGCCUGUUCGCGGGUCACGGUGUCCACGGAGCUGCUGACGGCGGGGAGCGAGGGUUCGGGAGGUAUCUGGGACCAGCUGCUCAUCAGCUCUAAGCCUCAUUCCAGAAAGACCUCUACACUUCAAACAGUUCGGAUGCAGAGGAGCCCUUUGUUAGACCAGGUUCAGGCCUUCCUCCCACAAAUGGCCCAGGCAAAUGAGAAACUUCGGAAGGAAAUGGCAGCUGCUCCAGCUGGUCAUUUCAAUAUUGAAAACGUCGAGGAGACGACCGGAAACAUCAUACAGAUGGAUGUGGCCUUAUUUGAAAUGAAUCGGUCAGAUUCAAAAGAGGAGGAUAGUCCAGAAGAGAGUUCACAGGACAGUUUUGGGGACAGCUCAGAGUCUGAAGAUGAUUGCAUUCCGUCUGAAGUCACCAUCGAGAACAUUAAGCUUCCGAACGCAGAAGGUGGCAAAGGCAAGAUUGAAAUGUUGGACAGUCCGGCAAGUAAAAAAAAGAAGCAGUGAAAUUAACCACCUAAGAGGAGCAGGUGAUUCCCGCCAUGACUGUGGGGAUGUCGCUCGGGCUGAUUGACUUUAGUCCUUAUGGGUCACAAAGAAAUUCAUGUGGCCAGAUGUAUUUUACAUAGAAAGUGCUCAGACAUUGGCUGCAGAGAGGGUAGUGCCCUUGGACACUGAAGGGAAAUGAGGAAGAAAUGACCAGAUAGGUUCCUGCAGAUGUUUGCUCUAGAGUGUGGGCUGUUACUGACUCAUCUAUGCUGAAAUCGAGCUAUUGGUUACAAGAUCCCCACUGCCAGUUUGGGGUCUUGGUAUGUUUGAUAUCAAGGCAGGUUGGAGUUUGUUAUGUAGGAACUGGGUACUAGAGUCAAGCCCGGGAUGACAGCCAUUUAAGGUGUGAUGGUGCCUAUAUUCAGAAAAACUCAAGCUGCCGUUUAAACAUUUAUAAGGGUUAGCAUUUGACAUCCUGUGAGCAGAUUGACCUUUCCUCCUUUUAUAGUGUUUACAAACCAUUAUGUGCUAUAUCAGUGUCUUGUAUGUGAGUGCAGUCAUGUAAACGUUGUUAUUUCAAAUUGUAAUGAUCCCAACAGCCUGAA